AUGGGCAAUCAGGGCCGUUGGAGGUGCCCGGGGCCUUGUCGGGAGCUCGCGGCGCGUGUGCUCAGAUUGCAGUGGCGCCUGAUCGUGACGAUCGCCGCCGGGGUCGGGGUGCAUGCCUGUCCCCGGCCGGAAGGAAUCGACCCGGAGGGAUGGGGUCUGGUGGCGGUGUUCGUCGGAACGAUUGUUGGAAUUCUUUUGGAAACUCUACCUUCUGGAGCUUGUGCGCUGAUUGGAGCUUCAAUUGCUGUCCUCAUUGGGAGCCUGCCUUUCAGCGCCGCAUUCAAAGGAUUCAGUCAGGAAGCACCAUGGCUGAUCACCAUUGCCAUCUUCCUGUCAACUGGCAUUAACAAGAUGCAACUUGGUCAACGCAUCACGUGCAAUCUGGUGUACAUUUUCGGUUCCUCUGCGUUGGGCCUCACCUACAGUCUGGUCAUCAGUGAAUUCCUUCUUGGCCCUGGUGUCCCAAACGUUGCUUCCCGGUCAGGGGCCAUCUUGCUGCCCAUAAUUCGAUCCAUGGCAGAGAUAUGCGGUAGCAAGCCGAGCAAUGGAACAGAGAAGAAGCUUGGAGCCUACCUGAUGGUGACUUGCUUUCAAACUGCCGCUGUGACAAGUGCGACGUUUCUCACUGCAAGUCCCCUGAAUCCUUUCAGCACCGCUUUGGCCAAGCAUCAAAUGCACCAGGAAUUUACCUGGCUGACGUGGGUGAAAGGCGCAAUUGUUCCUGCUUUUCUAGACAUCAUGCUCAUCCCACUUGUUGUCUGGGUCGUAUAUCCCCCACAGAUGACUGAUACAACUGAGGCCAAGUAUUUGGCCAGUAAUAAAUUGCGCUUGAUGGGACGCAUGAAGCCAGAAGAAUGGACAAUGCUGGGAGCCAUGGUCAUCACGGUUGUCCUUUGGCUUGUUGGGCCUGUUGUUGGGAUCAGCACGAUUGUUGCAGCAGCCAUUGGCAUAAUGAUCGCACUUGUACUGGAGCUGAUCGAGUGGAAGGACUGCCUGGCUGCUAAGACAGCUUGGAAUACAAUCACUUGGCUCAGUGUCCUGACUGCAAUGGCCAAUCAGCUAAGCGAAACAGGUGUGACUGACGUGAUGCAGAGACAUACGUUGCCACUGCUCAAGGCUUUAGAAUGGCACUGGUUUCCCUCUGUGCUUUUGCUGGCCAUCUUGUAUGUUUACAUUCAUCAUCUCAUUGCAUCGAGCAUCGCACAUGUGGCAGCUCUCUACACGUUCUUCCUGGCUCUUGCGAUGAGUGUUGGUGGUCCCCCACUGUUGGCAUCCCUCAUUUUUGGAUACUUCUCAAACAUGAUGGAGACGAUCUCUCCCUUUUGUGCAGCUCACGGACCACUGUUCCUUGGUCAGGGCUAUGUUUCUCUGCCAGCAUUUUUGGGCAUUGGUGUCCUUGUGAGUGCGUUCAAUGUGGUGGUAUGGAUGGGGGUGGGUCCUGUGUGGUGGUCAUUCGUUGGGUUUUGGAAUUGA